CAUGCACCGACGCCCUUAGACAUUUCCUCACUUUCGCACUUCUUCAUACCCUUCCCCUCCUCUGCGCGACCCCCCGGCUUCCUCCCUUCCCCUCUUUCGGAAGCAGAGAGAGAUGAUGGAGUUGUUUCUAAGUUGCAUGGUCCUCUUUGUGUUAACUUUAGCAACACUUGGCGCACACUGGAUCUGGGUGGUUUCAUCGAGUAGAGCAGGUUCCAAACUCCCACCAGGCCCUUUCCCUCUUCCCAUAAUCGGAAACCUUCUUGCACUGGGCAAAAAGCCCCACCAAUCUCUGGCCAAACUCGCCGAGACUCACGGCCCAAUCAUGACUCUCAAGUUCGGCCAAGUAACCACCAUAGUGGUCUCUUCCGCCGACAUGGCCAAAGAGGUGCUCCUAACCCACGACCACUCCUUGUCGUCAAACCGUGUCAUUCCACAGGCCGUGCAGGUUCACAACCACCACAACCACAGCAUUACCUUCUUGCCCGUUUCACCUCUCUGGAGAGACCUUAGAAAAAUAUGCAUCGCUAAUCUAUUCUCCAACAAGACUCUUGAUGCGAGCCAAGAUCUCAGGCGCAGCAAACUGCAUCAACUCCUCCACGAUAUCCACCGAAGCAGCCUAGCUGGUGAAGCGGUGGAUGUUGGAAAAGCAGUUUUCAACACUUCCAUGAAUUUGCUUUCCAACACUUUUUUCUCUCUAGAUUUGGUCCACUCUUCUUCUUCUGCUGCUGCUGUAGAUUUCAAGGAUUUGGUGCUCAAAAUCAUGGAAGAGAGUGGUAAACCAAACCUCGCUGACUUCUUCCCUGUACUCAAAUUCAUGGACCCGCAGGGUAUCAAGACUCGCACCACUGUUUAUACCGGCAAGAUCAUUGACACCUUUCGCGCUUUGAUUCAUCAGAGGUUAAAGCUCAGAGAAAACAACCAUGGCCAUGACACCAACAAUGACAUGCUAAAUACCUUGCUCAACUGCCAAGAGAUGGACCAAACCAAAAUUGAACAUUUAGCUCUGACUUUGUUUGUUGCGGGAACGGAUACGAUUACAUCUACGGUAGAAUGGGCAAUGGCAGAAUUGCUCCAAAAUGAAAAGGCAAUGUCAAAGGCAAAGCAAGAGCUGGAGGAAACCAUUGGCAGAGGAAAAGCGGUGGAGGAAUCAGAUAUUGGUAGGCUUCCUUAUUUGCAAGCAGUGAUCAAAGAAACCUUUCGAUUGCACCCUGCAGUCCCAUUUUUGAUUCCCAGGAAAGCCAAUGCAGAUGUGGAAAUCAGUGGUGGCUACACAAUCCCAAAAGAUGCACAAGUGUUUGUCAAUGUGUGGGCUAUUGGAAGAAACUCAAGCAUAUGGAAAAAUAAUGCAAACGUGUUUUCACCGGAGAGGUUCUUGAUGGAUUCGGAGGAUAUUGAUGUCAAAGGUCACAGCUUUGAGCUUACCCCGUUCGGUGCUGGGCGUCGGAUUUGUCUUGGCUUGCCGUUGGCCAUGAGGAUGUUGUAUUUGGUGUUGGGUUCGCUAAUAAACUGUUUUAACUGGAAACUUGUUGAAGAUGAUGAUGUUAUGAACAUGGAAGAUAGCUUUGGGAUAACUUUAGCAAAGGCUCAACCCGUUAUACUCAUUCCCGAGAAAGUGCAUGGUGUCAUCGUGUCAUGAAUGAUGCACAUGCACACUGAUGAAUAAAAUAAUAGUAACUGUAGUAUGCGUAUAUAUAGGACGUAGACACGUAGUAUAUAAUAAUAGCAACUGUAGCAUGUGCACAUGCACAUGCACACUGUUAAAUGCAGUGCUAGUUUACUACAGCAGCCGUAUCGUGUCGAAACCUCCCCAACCCAAGUACUGUAAUAAUUUGGCAGAUUCAUGCUUUGCUUUAAAAGCUUGGCAGAUUCAUGCUAGUUUGAAGUAAUUAAUUAAGCUAAGGUUUGUUCAUUA